CGUGUGGGACCCGCGGGGCGGCCCCGGGGCCCGGAACCCCUCCCCGAGGAGGCGAGGCCCGGCCGGCCGCCACCGUGCGGGGCGGGGAAGGGGACGCGGCCCGGGCAGAGCCGGGGCGCGGGGAGCGGGAGCAGGAGGCCGCGGCAGCCGCCGGGGCGCCCGCGAGGAGGCGGGACCCGGUUCGGCCCGCGCCGCCGCUGCAGGUGGACUCGGCCGCGGCCGCGGGCGGAGCCCGAGGGAGCCGGGCGUGGGCCACCGCGGCUCGUCCAUGGCCGAGGGCCGGCGGCGGGAGGACGAAGAGGAGGAGCUGCGCGACCGGCGGGAGCUCGGGGGCCCGCGGCGCUCCCGGGGUCGGGCGCUCUCGGGCCACUCGGCCGCAGAUCGCAACGAACGGAAUAAACCAGAGCAUCGUUCUUCAAGCCAAGGACCCUUGUCAUCGAUUAGAGCAGUAAUCAAGAGAUCUUCUCGGCCUUCUAUUCAGAAUGAGCUUCAUCGAGAUAGGAGGCGCCCAGAAAUCACCAUUGUGGCAGCAGAGCCACUGAGGCCAACUUCGUGGUUUCCUGGAGUCCCUCCCCCAGGACUGGGGUUCUCCCAGCCUCCGGCAGCAGGCCCCUGGAGGCCCAGUGACCUGGUUCCUGCUGAGCUACCACCAUCUUAUGAACAAGUUAUAAAAGAAAUCAACCAAGUUCAAGUUAAUACUACAAAUAAUAAUAAUGCUGCUGCCACUCCUAGGCACACGAGUACAUCUGCAACUCAGACUGACUUUUCAGAAGACAUAGACAACCAUCUGCCUCAAAGUAAUGCAACACUGCAGGCACCUCUCAAGCCUCUUCAGUCUUCCCCUGCAGUGUCAGCCAGUGACCUUCUGAGCAGUGUGGCACCUUUAAUUGUCUUUGAUGUUUCUGAUGAUCAGAAUUGUCCAGAAAGCUCCAGUGCUACAAGAUGUCCAGUGCCAAGACCAAGAUCAAAGAACAACCUCAGACCAGUAGCCAGAGAUACUCACAAUAAAGAGAAAAGUCACCAGAAAACCAGCCCAGUGUCUACGGAAGAGGCGUCCUCCCCCCACCGGCCCCAGUCCCUGUUGGACAGUCCUGACGACUUAGCUAGUCAGGCAGCAAUAAACACUAUGAAUACAGAACGAAGCCAAAAUAGUAUUGUUUCAAGAAUCAAAGCAUUUGAGGGCCAGACCAAUACAGAAGCCUGGGGACUGCCCAAGAAACCAGAAAUUGCUCCCCGUACACUCCCUCCAAGGCCUGUUUCCUCAGGGAAACCCUUUGUGGCUCCCAAACCAGCUGCUAACAGAGCCUCUGGAGAAUGGGACUCCUGGACUGAAAACAAGCUCAAAGUGACCUCCAGGGAAGGGCUCAACUCUCAGCCACCAUCACAAGAAGCAGGGAACAUCCCAGCAACCAAACCUGAAUUGCCAAAGAAACCAAAUCCUGGCCUUAUUCGAAGUCUUCAUCAUGAGAAUCUGGGAGGAGCACCCACGGCCGAGAGCGCUGAUGGCGGAAAGAAAAUCCCAAUGCCUGCCCCUCGGCCUUUGCUCUCCAGGAAGUCAGUUUCCUCAGAAAAUCCCACCCCACCUGCAGCUUUGCUGAAACCAGUCACUGUUCCUCCUCGACUCUCAGUGGCAUCACAAGCCAAAGCAGUCAGGUCCCUGGGAGAAGGUCCCCUCGCCAAUAAUCCCCCAGCACCAGUUUUGCCAAGCAAGCCUCCAGUGGACAUCGACCUCAUCAGUUUUGAUGAUGAUGUUUUACCCUCUCCACCUGGGAACUUGGUUGAAGAAUCUGCUGGUUCAGACAUGGUUCUGGAUCCCUUUCAGCUCCCCACAAAAACAGAACCAACAAAAGAACGAGCAAUUCAACCCGCACCCACCAGGAAGCCCACUGUGAUCCGAAUUCCAGCCAAACCAGGAAAAUGUUUACAUGAGGAACCACAAAACCCACCUCCUCUUCCUACUGAAAAACCUAUUGGAAACACAUACAGUGCAGUGACUGGAAAACCCAGUAGUAUUGACAAAACUAGAAAUGUGGAAUCCAGUCUUGCUAGUCAAAUAGGAGGUUCUCAUCGAGGACCCCCGAGUUUGCCACCAAGACCUGUAAAUGGAAAAGUUGUACCAGCUCGACAGCCUUCGGCCAAGGGGCCUCCUGAGAGACCACCUCCUCCCAAACUUUCUGCAAGCAGAACAUCAGCAAAAAAACUGCCUUUCAAUCGGUCCUCUUCUGAUAUGGAUCUUCAGAACAAACAAAGUAACUUGGCAUCUGGACUCACAAAAACCAAAAGCCAAGUCUUUAAAAUUCAAGAUCCGGUGCUACCCCCUCGCCCAAAACCAGGACACCCUCUCUACAGAAAAUACAUGCUCUCUGUGCCUCGUGGGAUUGCCAAUGAAGACGUCUCACAAAACUCUGGAGAAGUCUCUUGUAAGGAUUCAAGCUACACUCAGAAGCCUGCUGGCUGUAGUGCUCCUCACGCUAUGGUUCUCCAUGAUUUUGCAGCAGAGCAAGUUGAUGAUUUGAAUCUCACUUCUGGAGAAAUUGUUUAUCUUUUGGAAAAAAUAGAUGCAGAUUGGUAUAAAGGGAAAUGUCGAAACCAGACUGGUGUGUUUCCUGCCAACUAUGUCAAAGUAAUUAUUGAUGUUCCAGAAAAAGGAAACAGAAAAAGAGAAAGAGAAUCAGUUUCAUCUCAUUGUGUUAAGGGUCCAAGAUGUAUUGCUCGGUUUGAAUUUAUUGGAGACCAGAAGGAUGAAUUAAGUUUCUCAGAGGGAGAAAUUAUUAUUCUUAAAGAGUAUGUGAAUGAAGAAUGGGCCAGAGGAGAACUUCGAGACAGAACCGGAAUUUUCCCUCUUAACUUUGUGGAACUAGUGGAGGAUCAUCCCACCUCUGGUACACAUAUUCCAGGCACAAAGGUAGGACUGAAGACCAAAACAGAAGAUUCUGGUGCAAAUUCUCAGGAUAGCAGCCUAUCUGGAGAAUGGUGUGAAGCUCUUCACAGCUUCGUGGCAGAGACCAGCGAUGACUUAUCCUUCCAGAGGGGGGACCGGAUCCUCAUCCUCGAGCGCCUUAACUGUGACUGGUACAAGGGCAGGCUGCGCAGCAGGGAGGGCAUCUUUCCAGCAGUCUUUGUGCGCCCCUGCUCAGCUGAGGCAAAGAUGACGUCUACUUUAGCAUUGAAGGGGAGGAAAGCCAAAGCCUUAUAUGAUUUCCAUGGAGAGAAUGAAGAUGAGCUUUGCUUCAAGGCUGGAGACAUAAUAACAGAGCUGGAAUCUGUAGAUGAUGACUGGAUGAGUGGAGAGCUAAUGGGAAAAUCUGGAAUAUUUCCCAGAAACUAUGUUCAGUUUAUACAAGUCAAUUGAAGGUGAAGUUUGACUGUCUUCCAUGGCCCAAGAACUCACUUGAACUCUAUCACUUUGACUAUCAGAUUUGUUUUUUGCACUAUUUUUUUAAACUGAAAGAAAUAUCUAUGCUGUACGUGGUACACUAGGCUUUUCUGAGAGCAGAAAACAUCUAGAAUUUGUUAGCUUUCAUUCAGAUUAGAAAAGCAACCAUGGAAACCCAUGAGAACAUCAAGCAGGAUUAGCAAGGCAGAUCCACACUCCCCCAGGGAAGCAGCUGGUGGGCCGUAGCAUGGGGAGGCUUACAGACAAAAGUUGCACUUGGACAUCCAUUUCCAUCAGCACAAGGAAAUUAACCACACUUCCUCACUUUUGACUUUCAGUUGAAAAAGAGGAUGUUUGCUAUUCUACAUGCUUUAACUAUCAGGACAUGGUUGGUAAUUGUAAAUUCAUUUUUGGUAUUCAAAUUAAACUAAACAGCUUGAGCACAUCAUCCUUAUUACCAGGGCAGAUCCUUGCUUCAGGAGGGGCUAGUUUAUUGACUGGCUGGAAACUCUGCAAUCAUGGGGUGAGUCGGCUCACUCUCACCAAGCUCUCCGUAUGUUACCAUUCCCCCUUUGUCCAUGAAUUUGAAGGGGUCUGAAUUUGAUGAAUCUGAGUCAAAGAACCAGAACCGUCCUGAAUUGCCUUGCUAACACAACUAACUCUUCCACAUACCUGCUGUACUUAUUUCUUUCCUCCAUGUGUACUUUAUGUUAACAGGGUUAUUAUAAUGCACAUUUUCUGAAUCUGCAAUCAUUCUUUUGACAAUUACUGGGACCCAAAGAAAAAUUCAUUUUCUUUGUGUUACCCCAGUAAUACAUUAAAGCUGUGUCUUGUUAGAGUGGUAUAUUAUGAAUCACACGUAUUCAGAAUGCAGAGCAACUGUUAAUAUGGAAAACAAUGCGAAGCCCACAAAACUCAUUUCUUCCCAGUAUAAUCAGAAUGAAAAUUAAUUUUAGAAGACUGAAGGCUGAUAUUUUCUUGUUUUUUCCCGCUAACUCAGCUCAUCCCUACAUAAUUAUUAGAGUAAAUAAAAAUCCAAUUUCCUGAUAUAUAUUUUAAGCAUUCCUGGCUUAUGACAAAAAGUGGUUCUUCAUGUGACUGAAUCAAUUACAGUUAUGGGCUGCUGCCAAAUAGGUUGAAGACAAUCUUCCAAAUAGAUCAAUGGAAUAGGAUUUCAUUGUAAAUAUAAAACAUUUUUCCAGCAAUAUUCAUAACUUUCUUCUAUUGUUGAGAAGACUUUCAUAUGCCUGGCCACGUUUUAGCUUUGAUUAUUGUUUCUCAUUGUCCAAACAGUUAGGCAGCCAGUGGUCACUGGGGACACUACAUAAGGGAGAUGAUUUUAGAAAGUACAUCUUUCAAUUACAUCAGUUACACCUUUGAAUUACAUGGCCAUAUAGGAGCUUCUUUUUUCUUACAUGUUUAGGUAAAGAACAUAAUAAAAUUUUGUCAAUAUCACUUGAGUAACUUCAGUGACAAAUGAAUGACUUAAAGCAUUAGUCAAUUAAAUUCCCAUUUGCAACAAGCUGGGUGUGGGAGGGGGUAGUAGGGGAAGUUGGAAUAGGACAUGAGGUAUAUUUCUAUGCCUGUGUAAUUUUAGCAUCUUACACUGAAGAUUGUGGAAACCUGGUUUUAUUGGAAAGAAAUACUCCUCUUAAAUUUUGGCUUUCUGUCAGCAGAAUGAUAAGUGCAAUAGUUGUAAAUCUACUUGACACUAUAAUAAACUGAACUUUUCAAAUUCCUUUUCUCAUGCUAGACUGGGUUUUGUGAGACUAGAGAUUGUAUUAUAUCUUUUCAUCUCCAGUCCUUUGCAGUACCCUCUAUAAAGAUUGGCUGAUUCCCGGGUUGGUGGGCUUGCUGGCUGGUUGGUUGAUGCUUGGAUGCAUGGAUGGAUGGAUGGAUGGGUAGAUGGAUGAGUAGAUGGAUGGAUUAGUAAAAUGGAUGGAUGAAUGAAUGGACAUGGGCAGAUGGAGAAUAGUCACAUAAUACUAGAUUGUAUGUCAAAACCUAAUAUCUUUUUAAUUUAUGUACAAAAAUUUAUAUUAAAAUGAAAAUUAGUUUUCUCUCCUUUGGAGAAACCCACAUUUGCUCCCUCUCCCUCCCUCUCUCCUUCUGUUUCUAUCUCCCUCUCUCCCUCUCUCCCCCUCUCAUAUUAUAUUGCCUUUAAAUUUUUUCAGUAAGCUUGUUGCAUCACUUAAAAAAUUUUUAGGUUAUUUCACUUCAUCAAAUUGGAUUUUUUUUUUUUGCUUGCCAUUUAUUUCCCACUCAACUGACAAGAAGCCAAAUGUGACUUGGUAUGGGCUUUUUAGGUACUUUCUUUUAAUUUGGUGCCACAUCAAUUGAUGCUUUGGGAGCCAUGCAAUGUUAAGGAUUGAACCCUGGCAUCCUGCAUACAGACAUCCAGAGCACGUGCUCUAAUGCUCUAACUUGUUAAUCUAUCUCUCUGGACCUGUGCAGGUACUUUUUUAUUCUAUAUGUUAGUUAAACAUGAUUUUUAUUUCUCAGUGCAUUUUAUAAGAGAGAAAUGUAUUUUUUCCUUUAAAACAUUUUAGAUAAAAAUGAUACCAUUCCUUUAAGCCUCCGCAAACUACACUUUUCAAAAAAAAUUUUUUUUAUGGUUAAACCAGAGAACAUUAAAUUUAUUGUUCAUAACCUUUUGAGCCCUAAAAUGCAGAUUAAAAAUGCUCUUAUUUUACAUUGUAGAGGAUUGAUAUGUCCUUAUGCUUUUAGAAAUCUAAUGUUUUAGGGGUUGGAGCGAUACUACAGCGGGUAGGGUGUUUGCCUUGCACGCGGCCAACCCAGGUUCGAUUCCCAGCAUCCUAUAUGGUCCCUCCAAGCACCGCCAGGAGUAAUUCCUGAGUGCAGAGCCAGGAGUAACCCCUGAGCGUCGUCAGGUGUGACCAAAAAGCAAAAACAAAAACAAAAAAAGAAAUCUCAUGUUUUAGAUAGGAUCCAAAAUAUAAUUAAUAUAAUUAUUCAUAGUACAUUGUAUCACAAUGUUUUAUAACUGGCAUUCUAAGGAACAAAAUAUCAUUUUGUGUAGAGUUUAAGCAAUCGUCUUAUUGUGUAAAUGAAAACGAACUUAGACGUGUGUUCGUUUUCAUUUACAGGAUGGGGCUCCGAGUUCUUAGGUGGUUCAGGGCCCCCACCAGUGAUUCUCAGCCACCCAGGCCAGUGGGUCAGUGGACAGGCCCAAAGAGGCAAUGCUGCUCCGGCCCUGCAAUGCCAGGAUAUCCAGGCCACCUUGGUGGUGCUCGAAGCUUUUAGGGCUGACCCCGUAGUGCUCGGGAGAGGGACAACAUGGUACCAGGAAUCUAAUACUGGUUGGUUGGUCACAUUCUAGGCAUGAGCUCUAACCACUAUGUUAUCUCGAUGUGUUCAUUUUCUUAAGCCUUGAGAAAUAAAUCUGGAAAAAAAUAGUGGUGGAAAGAAAAAUAGUGGCGGCUGUAUAGGCUAAAUAUAAAUGUGAUAUCAAAUGAA